UAAUUCACCAACAAGCUAUCUUCAGACAACAUAAGCUCUCCACCACCUCAAGAUGUCUGUCCUCGCAGGAGUCAAGGGAGAUACUGGCCAGCAAGCCAGGUCGUUAGUAUGUUCAUCUCACUGUCAUUUCUUUUGCGCCUCGGUUACAUUUGUUCCCGUUUGUAGCUGGCUCUUGUUUGGGUUGAGGGGCGGGGCCGCAUGAAUGCGAUUACCAGCAACUUUUUGAAUGUGCACUAAUAUGGUAUAUAGUAUCGACAGCUGUUACGGCAAGGAGGUCAAUUCGCGGCCUACAACUUUCGAGAGUAUGCGAGAAGGAGGACGAGAGACAGUUUUCGGGAAAAUAUGGGAGUGAGUGACGAGAGGAAGAUUCAAGAGUUGAUGCAGAAGGGCUUGAAGGAAUUGCAGAGUUUGAAGGUAAGCAAUUCUUUGCGAAUAGGGCCGAGUUGGAUUGGGGAUGGCGGGGAGAGUGUCGAGGUGUUCAAACAAGAGGAAAGGAUGCUUUUACUUGUCACUUGCUGACAACUUUGCGCAGAGACAAACUGUUGUCAGCCAAUUCUUCCAGCUGGAUCGAUUAGUUGUUGAAGGUGGCAAAUCGGUACGGAUACCCGAAGACGCUUGAACUCCGUUUGAAGAUAGUUGGAAUAUUGAUUUGGAAGUAGGGCAAACAAAGCGGACUGAGAAACGACAUAGUAAGGCAAAAGGAUACUGGGUAUGUUUCUUUUCAUCAAACGCUUGGCCGCAAAAACUGGAGGCUAAUUGGCUUCUAGAUGGGAUUAAUACUCUGGUGAAGCUCCCCGGAUGGGAGAGUUGGGCGCGACGGACAGGAAUACCCAAUAACAGAUCGCAAGAUGACGAUAGUCUGGUGAUCUGAUCUACUCGUAUGCCCAGAGCUUGUACAAUACGCAUGUAUAAAAGGAGUUCAAGGACAGAAGUCCGUUUAUGAAGGAUGGAACAUCAAUCCCCCCUCUAGCAAUCAGAUGGGAAGACGUUUAAUUUACGACCUUGAAAAGUUUCGAUUUUCGUUAACUUACUGAUUCAACUUUGACCGUUUUUCAAGCCUGAUUUUGGAUUUUGGGGGAAUUGAUCAUUAUUCAUUUAUCUCAUUGCUUUGGGUAUUUAAAGCUGUCUGUUUUGGUUCUUGUUUCCAGAUUUCCCUGGCAUGGUAGAAUAGGUUGAUUCCAGGUAGGUUUUUUGGAACAUACCCGUAUCAUACACCAAAUAGAUUUAUAGUUAUUGGGCAGAUAUAGAUACUGAUAUGAGG